AUGGUUGAUUCAAAGGAUACACUGGAGAAGCCCUCCCUACAACAAUUCGAGGAUGCAUCUGUCCAAAAUUCCCCAUAUGGCUCCGAUCUCAAGGAAGAUGGGCUAGUCGCAGAUGCGGAAGCCUCCAGCCUCGGCCUACCGACCUUCGAGGGAGUUGAUGAAAAUGCUGUCCUUCGGAAGAUGGACAUCCGUCUCAUUCCCAUGCUGAGCAUGCUAUAUCUGUUGGCCUUCUUGGACCGCGGGAAUAUUGGCAAUGCAAAGAUAGAGGGACUUGUUGACGAUCUCAAUAUGACAGGACCUCAAUACAACUGGACUUUGACCGUUUUCUUCUUUACCUACUGCGUAUUUGAAUUGCCAAGCAAUCUGCUCCUGAAGAAACUAAGACCCUCAAGAUGGCUUCCCUUGAUCAUGGUCGCUUGGGGAAUUGUUAUGACCUUGAUGGGAGUUGUCAAUAAUUACGGUGGACUACUCGCAACUCGUCUGUGUUUGGGCGUCGCAGAAGCUGGUUUGUAUCCAGGUGUGGCAUACUACAUUACACUCUGGUAUCCACGCCAUCGAGCACAAUUCAGACAAGCUCUCUUUUUCAGCGCCGCCAGUAUUGCAGGUGCAUUCUCUGGGCUUCUUGCCUACGGUAUUGCUAAAAUGGACGGCGUGGGCGGCUAUGCUGGCUGGAGAUGGAUUUUCAUUCUUGAGGGUCUUCUCACGGUUAUUGUGGCACUGAUAGCCCCAUUUGCGAUUCAUGACUCCCCGGAAACUGCCACAUUUUUAACUGAAGAAGAGCGUCGAUUUGUGAUACACAGUUUGCGCAUUCAAAACUCGGUAGACUCGCGUGAAAUUGAUCAAACAAAUGACAAGUUCGAAAUGCGCUAUGUCAUAGAAGCUUUCACUGACUGGCAGAUGUGGUUGGGUCUAUUUAUGUAUUGGGGUAUCACCUGUCCGCUAUACGGCAUUUCUCUUUUCCUUCCCUCGAUCAUCAAAGACCUAGGUUAUACGUCUUCGACCGCUCAGCUCCUUACCGUACCAAUUUAUAUCACUGCAGCAUUUGUGGCUGUUAUUGCAGCGUGGAUAUCAGAUAGACGCAAAGAGCGAUCCCCGUUCAUUCUCUUUUUCAUGGGUAUGAUUGGAAUCGGCUUUAUUAUCUGUCUCGCAUCUACUGGGCGCGGAGUUCCAGGUGUUAUGUACUUUGGUAUUUUCGUAGCGGUCGUUGGAAUCUAUCCAGCAUUCCCCGGAAAUGUCACAUGGCUCAGUGUCAACAUGGCGGGCGACUACAAGCGAGCCGCCGGUAUGGCGAUUUACAUUGGACUAGGAAAUCUGGCAGGAGCUAUGGCCUCAAACUUUUACCGCGCUCAAGAUGCGCCAAAAUACAUCCUUGGCCACUCCCUCGAACUUGGUUUCGUUGUCGGGGGUAUGAUAGCGACUGUCGCUCUGCGUCUGGCGUACCAGCGUAUUAACAAAAAGCGGGAUGCUAUGGAUCCUUCAGAGUAUCCUGAGAAUCCCGACUCGCUGGGUGAUCGCUCUCCGCUAUUCAGGUACAUGCUUUGA